GCCAUUUUUGACGCUUUCUAAAAGUGUCGUGAAUUUCAACAAGUCAGUGCAGUGCUGUGUUUAGUGUAAACUCAGCCCAAUUCUUUAUGUCUAGUCACUUACAAGAACGCGGGUAGCCCUGACUCUAUACAAACUUUUCAAAUUGAAUUCAAACUACGUGUUUUUUCAAGAAACUUGUCGCUGAUCAUGUUGAUGCUUGAUGAUAGGACGCGCCAAGAGAGAGUGACUUUACUACCGUGUGUGAAAAUAUCAACGCCCUACUUUCCUCUGUGACAAUCAAGAUGAAAAGGCGGCUUCUAGCGCCGCCCCCGGCGCCGCCGCGUCCGGUGCGGAAGUCGGACCCGAAAAAGGCGAACAAGCGGCACGAUUUUUCGGCCGCUCUCGAAGCUGAGCUGCUGAAGGAGGUGCAAGCAGCCGAGCAAGAGGCGGAGAUCACGCAACAGCAGCAAGAAACACUGGAGCGAGAGAACGAGCAGGCCGCGGCAGAACUUUAUGUACAGGAUGAUCGUUCUCUUUUUUUUAUCGUCUGACUUAGUUACAUACAUAUGCAAAGGAAAAUCUAGUACUAAAGACAUAUCUGCGUAUCUUAUUGAUGCAGGCAUGAUUUUCAUUUCUCGAAGCACCACAAGAACCGCUGAACUCGAACUAAAACUACAGGCAAAAGAGAAGGAGCUGAUGAAGAAGUGCAUGGAAAUUUUACGGGUCGGAAACAACGGCGAAAUCGUCGGUCGCGAGCAGGAAAUCGCGAAGAUAAACUCCUUUAUCGAGGAAAGUGUGGACAAGGCGAGCAUAGACCUCGAAGGCGACGCGUUGUACAUCUCGGGCGUACCGGGGGUGGGGAAAACCCUAGCCACUUCCCACGUUUUGUACAGGCGAGAAGAGGAGAGCACGCUGCUGAACUGCAUGACCUGCGUCGACAACCCGACGCCAGCGACUGUGCUGAAAGCAAUCCUGGAAGCUUUGCCAGCGGAGCAAAACAAACGCGCAAAAAUGCAGCGCGGGGCACAGUCGGGAGUCAAGGGCCUGUAUCUUAAUACUCGAAGAUUUUUCACAUUGAUGUUUCUUCUUCACUGAUCGUCUUCUUGCAUUACUGCCCUGCUGCUUGUGUGAAGCUGAAGCACCAUCAAAUUAGUUUUUUGAGAAAACAGUCAGAAUUUGAUUUGAUUACUCCUUCCUCUCACAGGCUUGACAAACUCGAGAAGCGCGUGAAAUCGCUGGAGCAACCGUUCAUCUUGGUUCUGGAUGAGGUGGAUUUCUUCUGCAAGAAGAAGAAACAGCAUGACGCCACGUUCGCGAAAAUUUUUGGAUUGCCCCGACACGGACCGCUCACGCUGAUCGGAAUCGCGAACUCGAUUGGGUUGCUGGACCAGCAGAAGACGAUCUGCAACGAGUUGGAGCAGGUGCAAGACCUGGUCUUUCGGCCCUAUGGCGCGGAGCAGAUGAAGCAAAUCAUCCUCUCCAGGCUCGAUCAGGUACGAGUAUUGAUUCUUGUUCGUAGUUUUUACUUUUAGCUAUGUUGACCUCGUAGCGAGAAAAGUUCCAAGGACAGUACUAGCGAUCAUAUAGCGACAUCAUCAUCGUAUUCAUGAAAAAAAUGAAAUCCGCAGGUAACGAAGGAGGGAAUCUUCGGUCCGCAAACGCUGGAAUUCUUGGCAGACCGUGCGUCGAAGUACAACAAUGGCGACUGCCGCAAAGCGCUUGAGCUCUCUGCUCGCGCCCUCGACGAGAUGAAGGACCGCCGAUUUGGACAGCACAACUCGACGAUAUCUUCUGCGCGAUCUAGCCUGGUUUCCUCUUUCUCCACCGGCGCCGCGCAGUCAGUAGCGUCCGCAGCUUCAUCCUCAACAGCAGCGACAACUACAGCACUAAAAGUCGGGACUAGUAAGGCCUCUUCCUCUAGCAGUUCAUCCUCAACAGCAGCUGCAAAGAUGAAAUCUAGUGCGAAGGGGGCAAACGAGCCAAGGCAGCUGAUCGGAUUGGACAUUGCGCAAGACGUGGUCAUGAAGAGCAUGAGCCCCAUGGAGCAGAUUGCACCGACGGUGAAGGCGCUUCCGCAGAUGCAGCAGGUGGUCUUGAUGUGCUUCUGUUGUUUGGUCAGCGGCGUUAACGACCAGGGAAUCACGCUGGAGUACGACAAUCCCAUGUACGACAAGAGGCUCGGCCGACAGCAGAAAGCGCUGAAGCGGGACCUAUUCUCGGAAGGAGCUCCUGGUGUUGCGUCAUCCCCGCUAGAACAGAUCGACGAGAACGCAGAGCUGCAACAGGCGAAAAAGCAGCGCAAACUCGUAGACGCGCUCACGAGUGCUUUCGACGAGGUAGCCGCAGCUGACGCAAAGAACAAAAUGACAACGACAUCGGGCGGGACAAAUAAACCCAAAUCACCGUUAACGCCAGGGCCAGGAAGCAACACGUUCAAGACCCCACAAGGUCGGGGAAAAAAGAGAACAGCGGAGCAGGCAGAGCCGGAUACCUGUUCCACCACCGCUUCUGGUCAGGACCACAUGCUAGAUACCGGCUCAUCUUCUGCGUGUCAGACAAACGAUCGUUUGCGGGAGGCCCUCAUCGCCAACGGAGCGGCCUCGGCAAAAAAGGUGCUGCCAAUGACCGUCCAAAACAGUGCGGCGCUCGAGAAAACAGCAAAGGAACAAGCGAUCAAGAGGUAAUGAAGUUCUACCGAUCACUAUGGUGUUAUGGUUAUCUGUGGAGGUGCUCAAAAAUUCUAGCCUAUCGCUGAUAUGCAUGUGAUGAUGUGAUGAAAAAUGAAAUUUUCAAUGCAUUCUCAUGAGCUGCAAAAUUCACAUAUCCGUCCAGGUGUCUUUCGCCAGAGGAGGUGCUGAAAAUUCUGAAGGAGCUGUGCCAGCGAGGGAAAGCUAUCAUCAACGUACAGGCAAGUGCAUUGAAUCUGAGAAGCACGAAGGAGUACCUCAGUAUGCUGGACGAGACGCCGCUGUUGCGACAGGUAUAGCGUCAUUCGUGCCGUCGCUGAUUGAAAAAUGUCAACGCUGUUCUCAACAAAAGUUGUAAAGCAUGAAGAUGAAUUAUGUGGUGAUGCUGUUGCUGAAACAAUAACAAAGUGAAAGCGGGGUGUGAGAAAAUCGUUUUAGGUAUCAAAAGGCGGAAAGGUUCGCCGGGAACUCGCCUAUCCGGCAAAUGACGUACUGCGACCUAUCUUGCAGAAGAAUCCGCAAUACCAAGACCUUUUUCUGGACAAGAAGUUGGGCAUAACGCGCGUCGGGUUUUGAAAGAAGCUCCAGCAACGAUCGGAGCGAAAUAAUAGUAUGUGGAGCAGCAUGAACAUUCUUUUCCCCAGUGACCUCUGAACUUUUUCCACCGAUUAUAAUUCGAGCUUUAGUUUUAUUCGUAGACAAUGAGACUAAACUUCCGUGAACUGCAAUUGCGAAAACUGCGUAAGUAUGUAGAAAUAGUGGGGGCAAUUUUUCAGGAAGAAUCUGUUUGGUCAUCUGUACCGUAUUAAUUUGUGAGCGAUUCGUCUCUGCCUCUGUAUCUGUACAUUUUACAGCAGAUUUGAGGAACUGAACUUCUGCGCUGAUCUAUUUUUUUGUGGCAUUUACUUGAUCUUUUUUUCUUUGUAACGAGUUUUUUCUGUAGCAACCCUUUUUUGAGCAAUGUUGUCGUGAAAGCAACCUUUUUCCUCUUUUUUACCUCAAACUGCCCGAAGGUCGAGGAUGAUAGAGUAUGUCGUACGCGCAGAAUGCAGCCAGUUUUUGGUAGCAUUCUGAGUGCUUGAUCAACAUAUUGGGGAGACAAACAAUUUAGUUCGUGCAAUGAACCGUGGUAAUGUGAAGAUGUGCCGCUAGCGGCCCUGGAGAUUUUUUCUUCCCUCGCCUGGACUUCGCAGACGUGCGUUUCUGCUGGACGUGGCCUUUGUGUGCC